ACAAAAAGAGCAAGACCUGAGAAAGGUUAGGCUGCAGUCUCCCUGCCCAUAACACAGGGUGUGGAAGACAUCUCAGCAGCCUCUCCACCAUGGCUACCUGGGCUCUCCUGCUUCUUGCUGCCAUGCUCCUGGGCAACCCAGGCCUUGGGGUCAGCGUGAGUCCCAAGGGCAAGGACACUCCUGGAAGGGAGAGUGGAUUUGGCUGGGCCAUCUGGAUGGAAGGUCUGGUCGUCUCUCGUCAGAGCCCUGAGUACUAUGACCUGGCGACAGCCCACCUGGGUGACAAGGAGCGAUCCUGUCCAUGCCUGGCCCAGGAAGGCCCCCAGGAUGAUCUGUUCACCAAAACAGAGAAGCUGGGCUUCCGCUGCAAGACUUGUCUGAGGAUGAUCCAGGCACUGAAGGACAUGGUGAAGGAGCCCACCAAGGAAAACAUUUCCGAUGCUUCGACCAGGCUGUGCAGGAAGGUGAAGUCACUAUGGCGUGACUUCUGCCUAAAGACCAUAAGGAGGUACAUGCCUAGACUUAUCCAGGACAUCAUGGGCAGAAAAACUGCCCAGGAGAUCUGUGUGGACAUCAGGAUGUGCAAACCUUCUAUGGGUCCUCUCUGAGCCCUCUCACCGUGUCCUGUGGAAGAAGCACAGGCUCCUGUCCUCAGAUCCCAGGAACCUCAGCAGACUCUGCUGGCUCCUCCCUUCCUCGGUUCAGAAUCCCCUCUCCAGUCUCCCUCUCCCGACUCCCUCUGCUGCCCUCCCCUCUCAGGAGAAUAAAAUGUCAAGCAAGAUUUUAGCUGAAGCUUGCUUUUCUUUGGUGGAUUCGAGGUGGGUGUCAGCGGCAUGCUGGGGUGAGCUGUGCAGUUCUUCAAUAAAUGUCUGUUGUG